AUGCCUCAGGCCAUCAGGGUAGAGAUGUCACCUAACAUCAAGUCAGAGCCACAAGCAGAGCUGCCCGAAGCUCAGAGUGCCAUCAUGGCAGUGAAGAGGAGGAAGAAGGAAGACAUGAGAAGAAUUCAAGAGGAGAUUCAUCUCCACCAGCACAGGGGCGAUCAACAAAAACAUACCAUCAAGGAAGAUGUGCAGGCGGAGCUGCAGGAAUCUGAGGAUAGGAACAAGGAAAGGGUGAGGAGGCUGGAGGAAGAAAUGAAAAUCAUCAGAGAGAAACUUAACCGCUUCCCUUGGGCUCUGAAAAAGCAAGUGACAAAAGCAACAGCCAUCUCUCCCCUGACUCCCUCUGCUCCUGGAGAAGACGCCAAAAAGGAGCAAAAUGAGCAGGAUAACCACGACACUCCAGCCGUGGUUACAGCCCAGCCUGAUCAUCCCAAGAGAGUCCUUGUAGAGAAAGAGCAGGAGCAGAUUGCUUUAUCAGAGAUACCAUGCCAGGCUCAGGGAGAGCUGUUCCCAGCCCGAGAGCAGGAAGAGCAGCUCAGGCAGCAGGUGGAAGAGCCACAGCAGAAUGGCCAGAACAUUUACAAACAGAUGCCGGCAGAGCUGCAGGAAACUGAGGCUAGGAACAAGGCAAGGAAGAAGAGGCCAGAAGAAAUUCUUGAAAUCAUCAUAAAGAAAUUUAAACUCCUCCUUCAGGAGAAAAUGGCUCUAGAUGCGAAAGUGCAUGUGUUGACAUCCUACCUGGAAGCCUUUGAAGAGUUCCAGCAAAUGACAGGAGACCAAGAGACCCAAGACUGGAGUGAGGCCCAGGAACCAAACCAACCAGAGAUGCUGCAGGAUAAGCACAUCCCCAGGAUGGUGCAGGAAAAGACAAAUCAAGACCGGGAGAUCUGCAGUGGCCUUCUCACUGAAGCAGCUGCUUCAGCAGCAGCAGCAGCAGCACCAUCCCAAGGAGCCUUUGCUCUCCAGCUGGAGAAGUGGAGCUGGGGCACUUGGUUCACCUCCUGUGCUGACCCAGCUGCCGCUCAGCAACAGCGGAUCGAGGAUGACUCCCUGCAGCAAUGGAGGAGAAUGGUGAAGAUGGAAAAUCCCAUGAUGAAAUACACUAAUCUGGAAUAUAUUGGCAGGGGGUGAGUCCAAGCAAUGUUGAUUUUACAAAACUAUGCACCAGGUUUUUUGCUGGUGGAAUAGCUAUCAUGUGUGAAUUCAGACAAGCUACCAAUGUGUUCAGACACUGGGCAUAGAUUGUCAGUGCUGAUCAGAAUUUGUAAAUGUGGUCAGAAGGCAUUGUCAAAGACGUCUCCAUGUUUCCAGCAUCCUGCAGGUCUUAGGCAUUUACAGCUGAGAUCUCCUGUGUGGGCUGG